UUGCCCUGCCUCGGACUCAUUCCUCUCCUCUCCUUCUCCGAGCCCGAGCGUAAUGACAGAGCGGAGAAUGAACUCACUAAUGAAAUGGGCGCUCAUCCUCUUCGUCCUCGUGUCCAUCAUUCUCAACAUCGUCUUGAUCGGCAUCCACUCCAAGAGGGCCCCUAAAUGUUCCGCUCAGCGCGUCCACCCGCUGCGGGGCAAGCACGACGACCGCAGCCUUAUCUUCGCGGAUCUCACCCGAGAGGAGUACUUACAGGUCCAGCAGUACAUGCUCAAGCAGAAAGACUUGGACAUAUCCAGCAACCAGAUCACCAAGCCAUCGGAAAAUUUCCUGUUCCUAAUAGACCUCUCACUGCCAAAGAAAGCAGACGCGCUGGCUUACUUGGACAACGAAGACAGCAAGCCCACUAGAGAGGCAACGGUGGUGGUCUUCCACGGCGCCAAAGGCUACAUCAAGGAGUACGUUGUGGGGCCUCUUCCCAACCCGAUAUACCACAGAGAUGUCACCAGCGAAAGGUACAAGACGGAGCUGCCUCUCUCUGCGCGCACGGUCACCAUCGGGGAGUAUGCCUUGCUUUUCCAGUUUUUUGAGACUGAGGUCUUUUCCAAACUGGAGCAGCUCAUGAAAGAGAGUUUCGACGUGGACCAGCACAAGAGGCUGGACACGUUCGAGCAGAUGCCUCGAGGAGUCCGAUCCGGGGACAGAAAGACCUGGGUGUCUUUCUUCAGGGGUGUGAGCGGCAUGUACAUACACCCGGUGGGCUUCGAGGUGCUGGUCAACCACGAGAGCGUUAACGUGUCCGGCUGGAAAGUUGAGCGGCUAUUGUAUAAUGGCCAGUACUUCGACACGGUGGAAGACCUUAAACAGAAAUAUAAUGCUGGCUCUGUUAGGAAAAUAGUUUACAAGGAGUCCCCUGACUAUGGCUCUCUGAAACCCAGGAACAAGCCUCUGGAAAUCGGCCCACAGCUGUUUUAUCCAAACGGGGCGCGCUAUAGUGUCAGCAAGAACCACGUCCUGUACCUGGGCUGGAGCUUUGCCUUCGGGCUGAGCUCUCUCACAGGCAUGAGGGUGUUUGAUGUGCGGUUCAAGGGUGAGAGGAUCGUCUACGAGCUGAGCGUGCAGGAGGCCAUGUCGGUGUAUGGCUCUGUGACGCCGGGGAUGAUCCUCACCAAGUUUCUAGAUUCGAGCAUCGGGAUAGGACGCUUUGCACACGAACUAGUCCGUGGCGUGGAUUGUCCCUAUGAAGCCACCUAUGUAGACACAUAUCGUUACAUUGAUGUCCCAGCCCCGGUCUUAUUCAGGAAUUCAAUCUGCAUCUUUGAGCACAACAUGGGUCAGCCCCUGCGGAGGCACUUCUCUGACUUCUUCCACAACAGUUAUGGAGGGAUGGUGAACAGCGCUUUAGUGUUCAGAACGAUCACAGCCAUAGGAAACUACGACUACAUGUGGGAUUUCAUCUUCUACCAGAGCGGAUCAGUGGAGGCCAAGGUGCACGCCACAGGCUACAUCUCCUCCUCUUAUCUGGUGGACGGUAGUCGGAAACAUGGGCACCAGGUGGCAGAAAAGGUCCUUGGGAACAUCCACACCCACUUCAUCAAUUUCAAAGUUGACCUGGAUGUGUUGGGAGUGAAGAAUGUAUUCCAGACCAAAGACAUGGAGUACGUUAAUGUUUCACUGCCGUGGAUGCCUGAUCACUAUGCUAUGGUCCCUCAACUGGUGGAGAAUCAGCUCAAAACAGAACAGGAGGCAGCUCUACGUUACAAUACCAAGACUCCUCGCUACCUCCAUAUUGCCAGCAACAAAACCAACCGCUGGGGUCACCAACGCUCCUACAGGCUGCAGGUGUUCAGCUUCACAGGGGACCACCUGCCAGAGAGCCAGGUAGAGGAGAGGGCCAUGUCCUGGGCUAGGUAUAAGGUUGCUAUCACCAAGCAUAAGGACAUAGAGCAGACCAGCAGCAGUCUGUACAGCCAAAACAACAUCUGGACUCCAGCUGUUGACUUCAGCAAGUACAUUGAAGACAAUGAAAGCAUUGAAGGCGAGGACUUAGUUGCCUGGGUGACCACUGGUUUCCUCCACAUUCCUCACUCUGAAGACAUCCCCAAUACGGUGACCGUGGGCAACGGGGGCGGGGUCAUACUGCGGCCCCACAACUACUUUGACGAGGAUCCAUCCAUCCACUCUAGUGAUGGGGUGUACAUUGGCCCGGGCAGCGAGGACAGCUGUGACAACAACAGAAUGGCAUGCCUUGCUCAAGAGAUGUGCAGCCCUGUGUUGGAGCCCUUCACCUACCAUGGCUUUGAUGGUGUCAUGAAGUUUGAGGUCUGAUGUAUUGAUCACUGCUAAGUAAUAGCUUUAAAGCUUGAUACCCUUUCAGAAUUGGGCUUCACGAAGCUUGUGUCAAUUUUAACAUGUUGAUUAUUUGUUUCACAUGUGUUUUAAGCUGGACCAGGCAAGAGGUUGCAUGAAGGAAUUUUUCAAUAUUUUUGAGAUUAUGCUGUCUUCCUGAGAAUGUGAUGAUAAGAUUGAUACCACUAUCAUAUCUGCGUGUUAAGUCCAUACAAGCAGGAUGUAGUGAGCCUAGCUUAGCCUACUGACUGGAAGCAGGAGGAAACAGCCUGGCUCUGUCCAAAGUUAAUAAAUCUGUCUAUUAGGGAAGUGGGAAAACAAUUCACCUCAAAAUUCUUAGCACCUGGAUAAUGUGAAGCACCUGGAUAAUGUGAGAUAGAGUUAUCUUGUUCUUCAUCUUCAAAAAUGGAAAGUGUUUGGGCUCAUUCUGGAUUUAAUAACUUCAUAAUUAGCUUUUCAUGAUACCUCAUUGCUCAGAGUCCAACACACACUGCAGCACUAAAUUCACAGACAUCUCUAGUCAGUUUGUUUCAUUUCAAAAGCCCUGUGCGUUCAGUGUUUGGUUAAUGAAGGUUUUCCCUGGUGCUGCAGAAGUUGUUACAUUUCAUACUGCUUUUCACUCGAUUAAGAGCGUGAAAAUAGUGGACCCCUUUCUAUUUACUUAAUCAGGUUUGAAUCAAGAAUCAAUUCCAGAUCUAAUUAUGGCACCAAGAAUCAGACAUUUAGCACUGUGGUCCCUGCACAGUGCUCACAGACCAUAUAUUAACAGACCAUUAAUCAGGGAGCUUUACAGGUGUGGUUGGUGUUUUUAAAGUUUGGGCAAAAAGAUCUUCAUUCAUUUUUUUUCUACAUUUAUGAAAUGAAAAUGUGAAUUUGUCAUUAUUUGAAUAAAAACACAAAGUUGUUGUUAUUAGGUUAGCAGGAAUAAGGGUUAUACUUGUGGAAAAGUUAUUGCUUUAGUUACUUAUAAUGACAAUACUAUUCACUGUGAGCUGACAUUUUAUUAGUAAUUGUUUCCUGGGAUUCAUUUAUCAAAACCAUAUGAAUAUAUCCCCAGAAAUGUGAUCAAUGCUUUGAGAUUUUACAAAGAGGCUCCAAUCAUCAGCAUCACUCUCUUCUAGAUUAUGUUCAAUUCUUUAUCUUUAUAUGCCAGAACCUUUUUUUUUUUAGCAUGAAGUCAAAAUGUAAUACCAUUGUGAAACACACAAACCUUUUUUUCUCUUUCUUAUUUUCUUUCUGAUGAACUGCUGUGAUAUGAACUGUGAUGUAUGCAUUGUUACCUCACAGUGUACAGUCAGAUGUGUCUAAAUAAGCUGUAUCAUUCAGUCCAAAGCAGGAUCACUCUGAAGUAGCUCAAGGCUGUGACUAUUGAACCUAUUCUUCGACAGCACAACAUUCUGAGGAAUUGUGUUUCUCUCCUUGUUUUUUGUUGUUGUU